AUGGAUCUUUUUCCAAGGUUCUUGUAUUGGUUCCCUCUCCUUUGUCUAUUCUACAAUUUGUGGAAAAAAUUUGACAGAAGAAGGCAUCAAAAUUGUUACAUAUUGGAUUACGAAUGCUACAAGCCAAGUGAGGAUAGGAAACUCAACACAAGAUUUUGUGGUGAAGUAAUUAGGAGAAACAAGCAGCUCGGCCUAAACGAAUACAAGUUUCUCUUGAAGUCCAUAGUCAGUUCAGGCUUCGGAGAGGAUACUUAUGGCCCGAGAAUGGUUCUUGAAGGACGAGAAAUGUCUCCAAGACUUGAGGAUGCUGUCAACGAAAUGAAUGAUUUUUUUCUUGAUACCAUUGACAAGCUUUUCAAGAAGACUGGGAUUUUGCCUUCUGAGAUCGACGUUCUAGUGGUGAAUAUAUCGAUGCUCGCUGCAGUUCCUUCGUUAUCAUCUCUUAUUAUCCAUCAUUAUAAGAUGAGAGAGGAUAUUAAGGUGUAUAAUCUCACUGGAAUGGGAUGCAGUGCCAGCCCUAUUGCAAUCAAUAUUGUUCAAAACAUUUUCAAGACUCAAAGAAAUGUGCAAGCACUUGUUGUGACAUCUGAAUCUUUGAGCCUAGGUUGGUACACAGGGAAAGACAAAUCUAUGAUUCUUUCUAACUGUCUGUUUAGAUCAGGAGGCUGUGCACUUCUUCUAACAAAUAAAUUGGCCUUAAAAGAAAAGGCCAUGUUCAAGUUGAAAUGCCUUGUGAGAACACACCAUGGUGCAAAAGAUGAAUCCUAUGAUUGUUGCAUACAAAAGGAAGAUGAUCAAGGCUAUGUAGGGUUUCACCUAGGCAAAAAUCUCCCAAAGGCAGCCACUCGUGCAUUCGUCGAUAACUUGAAAGAAAUUUCCCCAAAAAUACUCCCUAUUCGCGAGCUCCUUCACUUCACAUUACUCACCCUCAUUCGAGAAACGAAGAAAAAAUGCACUAAGACAGGUGCAGGAGCCAGGCCGGCGAUCAAUUUCAAAACCGGGAUCGAUCAUUUUUGCCUCCACACAGGAGGAAAGGCAGUGAUCGAUGCAGUGGCGCAGAAUCUAAACCUCAGCGAGCACGAUAUAGAGCCAGCAAGAAUGACACUUCAUCGAUUCGGAAAUACAUCUGCAAGCAGCAUAUGGUACGUUUUAGCAUAUAUGCAAGCCAAAAAUAGGCUUAAAAAAGGUAACAAAGUUUUUAUGAUAAGUUUUGGAGCAGGGUUUAAGUGUAACAGUUGUUUGUGGGAAGUGAUGAAGGAUUUGGAUCAAGAUGGAAAUGUUUGGAAAGAAUUCAUUAAUAGCUAUCCGCCAAAAACCAUAGCCAAUCCUUUCUUAGAGAAGUAUGGAUGGAUCAACGAGGAGGAUCCGGAUACAUUUCACGUUUCAGAUGAUUAUGUUAUUCCGUGA